GCAGGCAGGAAAGCUACUAGCAAAGAAGAAUCAAAUUACUUGCUCCUAACGCCCCUAAUCGCGGCUAAAUCUCGCCUUCAGUUCCUGUUUCUAGGUCUCUAUUCUCUAAUGGGUUUCGUGGAGGCCAUGGCCAUGGCCACCGCGUCGGCCACGUUGGCGUUGCUCCUGGGGGCGGCGUGGGUGACCCUGUCCUGCUACCUGCUGACGCCAAUGAGGAUCCGCAGGGCCAUGGCGGCGCAGGGCGUCCACGGGCCCCCGCCGCGGCCGCUCGUCGGCAACCUCCGCGAGGUGUCGGCCCUCGUGGCCGAGGCCACCGCCGGCGACAUGCCGUCCCUGAGCCACGACAUCGUCGGCCGCCUCAUGCCCCAUUACGUGCUCUGGUCCAGGACUUACGGGAAGCUGUUCGUGUACUGGUACGGGAGCGAGCCGCGGCUGUGCCUGACGGACACGGGCAUGAUCAAGGAGUUCCUGUCGUCGAAAUACGCGCACGCGACGGGCAAGUCGUGGCUGCAGCGGCAGGGGACGAAGCACUUCAUCGGGCGUGGCCUGCUCAUGGCCAACGGCGCCAGGUGGUCGCACCAGCGCCACGUCGUCGCGCCGGCCUUCAUGCCCGACAAGCUCAAGGGGCGGGUCGGGCACAUGGUGGAGUGCACGAAGCAGACGAUGGUGUCGCUGCGGGACGCGGCGGCGCGCGGGCGCGGCGAGGUGGAGAUCGGCGCCCACAUGACACGGCUCGCCGGCGACAUCAUCUCCCGGACCGAGUUCGACACCAGCUACGAGACCGGCAAGCGCAUCUUCCACCUCCUUGAGGACCUGCAGCGCCUCACCGCCCGCUCCGGCCGUUACCUCUGGAUCCCUGGCAGCCAGUACUUCCCGAGCAAGUACAGGCGGGAGAUCGGGCGGCUGAACGGCGAGCUGGAGUGCGUUGUGAUGGAGUCCAUCCGCCGCAGCGGCGAGAUCGCCGACGAGGGCCGCACCACGUCCACCUACGGCCGCGGCCUCCUCGCCAUGCUGCUCGCAGAGAUGGAGAAGAAGAAGGAGAAAGCAGGGUCGACGGCCGACGAUGGCAAGUUCAGCUACGACACGCGGCUGGUGAUCGACGAGUGCAAGACCUUCUUCUUCGCCGGCCACGAGACGUCGGCGCUGCUGCUCACCUGGACCCUCAUGCUGCUGGCCACGCACCCGGAGUGGCAGGACAAGGCCCGCGCCGAGGUCGCCACCGUCUGCGGCGACCAGCCGCCCUCUGCCGACCACCUCCCCAAGCUCACCGUCCUGCAGAUGAUCAUCCACGAGACGCUGCGGCUGUACCCGCCGGCGACGCUGCUGCCGCGGAUGGCGUUCGAGGACAUGACGCUCGGCGAAGGGCGGCUCCGGCUGCCGCGGGGGCUGUCGGUGUGGAUCCCCGUGCUGGCCAUCCACCACGACGAGUUCAUCUGGGGCGCCGACGCGCACGAGUUCCGGCCCGAGCGGUUCGCCCCGGGAGCGCGCCGCGGCUCGUCGUCGUCCGGCGCGGCCCGGUUCCUGCCGUUCGCGGCGGGCCCGCGCAACUGCGUCGGCCAGACGUACGCGCUCUUCGAGGCCAAGGUCGUCCUCGCCAUGCUGCUCGCCGAGUUCCGCUUCGCCAUCUCCGACGACUACCGCCACGCGCCGGUCAACGUGCUCACCCUCCGCCCCAAGCACGGCGUGCCCGUCCACCUCCGGCCGCUCAGGCCGUAGGCGCGCGUCUCGUUUUAUUUUUAUUUUUUGUUUUUUGCGGAGAUUGGCGCGCGCGCGCGUGCGCUCCUCCGGCUAUAGAGAAAGAACGGUUUUGUGUUCGCUCAUUGGUUGCCUGCCUACCGCUCGCCGGUCUGUCAGUGGGCCCGGCUGGGCUGGAUGCCGCUGCUUCUGUCCUAUGCCGUCUAGAGAAAAAUAUAGAGUGGAGUUGUUGUAUUCCAUUUAGAGACCAUAUAUAAUAUAAAACAAAAUAUAGAUCA